AUUGUCGCCCUCCCCUCCCCCAUCAGUAUCGUCCCUUCCGAUCAGCCGCUCAUCCAAUUUUUGUUUUUCCCGCUUGAGACUCUUCUAUCAUGGUGAUUCAGCGUCCGAUGUGUCGGGGAUUGUCCCAUUGAUCGGUGUGUCUUGCCCCCUCUCCCCCGGGGCUCUGAUGAAUUUUGCGUGCCCUGCUCCUCUGCCCAGUCCUAACGCUAUCUCCGUCGCGCUGAGUUGCUGACCUCUCGGGCCUCGAUCCAGCCUGCUCGAAUCGUGCCUUUGUCGUCUACCACUGUGUAUGAAUAUCCCGAUGUCUCGGAUCUCUACUCACACCCGCAAUAAUACUGGCCCGACUCGGAUUUUAAGCGCGCGUGUAUGAUCGACCGUCCCGUUGCACAGACAUACGAUUUGCCUAUCCCUUCAUCCGUCACGCACGCCAACCGAACCCCAAUAGCGGGGCCAGCGAACGUCUGCAAACUACCGCAAUGCCUACGUAUCCCAUCCGCCGCAGGCCGCGUGAGUGUAAAACUUGCCUUCCAUGCCGUGCCAGCAAGGUCCGCUGUGAUCGCAAUGUGCCGUGUGGGAACUGCGUCAAGCGCAACUUCACCUGCUCUUACGGUCGUCCUCCCCCGACGGGCUCCCGUCCAUCCUCCUUCGUUCCAGACCAGUUUGCCUCUUCCGCCACGACCCCGGCGACAACUACGCCUCAAUUCUUCCCGCCGCCGUCGUAUCAUCCUGCCAACCGUGAACCUCCCUACGGGGCCGAUCCAGAAUCGGCCAGCUCAGCCACCCAGGAUGGUCUACCUGAUAUCGUGACGCUGUCGCAAGAGGAGUGGGAUGAGAUCAACAACAAAAUGCAAACGAUGGAGCAGAUCUUGGCGAGCCUGGGUUCUCUUUUCCACACCCACGGUGCGCGGAAAGCCGCCGAACCUCGAUCGGAACCUUCUCAAACGGAGGAAGACGUUUCUCCCGCCUCCGAAGGCAUUUAUGGAUCAACUACACUGAAGACGGGCUCGGUUCACAUAGGUUCUAGAUCCGCCCUGGUUGAUAUUCUGGACAAGUCGAAGGUCUCGGAGGAUACGGCGCAGGCGCUUCCAAAAGACGACCUUCUCACAGAGCUGGCGUUGGGGAACGAAUCCGCCGCCUACCCCUUUGUGGAUCUCUGGUCUUCAGAUCCAUACACGUUCAAUAUCGCAGGUGUCUGCAACGUGCUGCCCGAUGAUGAACAGUGCCGAAAACUUCUAGCAUUCUAUCGGAAUAUUGGCACAGUGUUGUAUCCCGUCCUGCCAGAUCUUGCUAGGCUCGAAGAAAACAUGAACAAGCUUCUGGAAGGCCGACGAGCAGCUGGUGGCGUAUAUCAGCCGGAUGCCAAUGGUUUAGUGAAGCCGUUUGGCAUGAGUGUUUCUUUUCUUAGCCUUCUAUUUGCCGUUUUAGCCUCCGGUUCUCAACUAUCCGACCUGUCUGGGAAAGAACGGGAGUUGACCUCAUGGGUAUACGUGUCUUGCUCUUACCAUUGCCUGCGCAUGUUGAACUAUGUGUCCCAGCCAUCUCUGGAGGUGAUCCAGACUCUGUUGGUCAUUGGCAGUGUCUUGUCGUAUAACAUGAAUGCAGGCGCCUCCUACACGUUGCUCGGAAUGACGGAGCGGAUGUGUAUGGUUCUGGGUCUUCACGUCGAAACGUCUGGGUUUUCGCGAGCCGCACAGGCGGCGCGGAGGAGAGUGUGGUGGGCGAUGGCUUUUCAGAACAGCCAUUUCUCUUUAGCGUAUGACCGACCAUCCAUUACGAUGAUCAACCAGCCAGAGAUUCCGUAUGAUCCAAAAUCUAUGCCUGGUCAUCGGGGAUAUUUCGAAACGCUCUGCCGCCUCAUUUCCGUUAUACUCGAGAUGCUGCGAGGGCUGAUGUUCACGCAUCAUUCCCACCUGCGAUACCACGAAAUCCGGGAUUAUAAGCAGCGCAUCGAACGGAUCAUUGCCGAGGCUGCACCGCACUUGCGAUUUCGCGACCGCUGUGGCACAUUAGCGGAGCAUAUCGAGCGGACGGAACUUCGACUCCACUCGUCGUAUUUUAUUUCGCUGAUGUGCCGAGUUUCCUUGGACCCGGAUGUUCAGAUGGAUGAGCAGCGGCGCGAAGUCGUUCGGGAGGAUUGCUUGACGAAUCUUAUUAACACGAUUGAGGCGUUCAUUGAGCUGCACUCGAUUAAUUCGCAUGCUUCGCGUACCUGGAUCAGCUUGCAACGGACAAUCGCAUCAGCUUUCCUGUUAGUGGCGAAUAACAAUGAUCAGUUGCAUCCUCAGACAUGGGACCUGAUCCAGAAACUCGAAGCGGUCUUGUCCGACCAUGUGCAUGCGGAUGGGGAAUCCAACAGUAACAACAAGACGGACUCGGCCAGACAUCUCACAUCAUCCCUUCGCGCUCUUCGCGAAGUCAGUGCCGCCUUCCGCGCGCGCAAAAAGCGUAACCGGCUGGUCCCGGAGAUUGCACCUAGCACCCCGGGCCUGUCGCCCGCCACCGUGUUCACGUCGCCGGCCUCGACUGCCCUGGGGUCGACAGCCCCGGCCUACCCCUCUGGCUAUAGCGUUUCGUCAGAGGAGGGGCACAUUGACAACAUUCUCAACCGAGUUUCGGAUGUAAUGCUAUUCCCAAGCAUGAGUACGGGGAAUGUUUGACCCAGUGGCUGCCCGGGCAUGAUAGUUAGUGAAUUGGUGCGACACUCCGACCGAUGCGGGCGCACGGGCUCAGUCGUCCCAUCCAUUCUGCCUGCCGUUGUUUGGGCACCGGAAGCGCCCCGACCCGUAGAGAUGUACACAUACAGAGGUCACAGCAGCUGACUGCUCGAUGCAAUGACGGUAUCAAUCAUGCCGCCCAUGAUACAAUGUGUGCCCUCUGAGCGUCGAGGGAUGAGAUAUGCUGAG